AUGCUGGAGUGCGGGGUGCAUACUGAUGUGCUGGAUAGAUGGAGGAAUACGGUCAUCUUCCGUGCUGUUGCCGCCGGGAGGUGGGAUUUACUGCAGCUUUUGGUGGAGUGGCCGGGGGUUGUCGCGGGGAUUCAGAAAUUGGGUGAUGGGAUUAGGUAUGGAAUGCUUGAGUCAUUGUAUAUUAUUCUUGCCGAUAAGCAGGAUGAUUUGGUUGGGUUGGUUUGGGAUUUAGUUGAUGAUGAACUUCUCUAAGUGUUUUUGUUGGUAGAGGCCCCCGGCCAGGGGGAGGGGUCGUGUCUUGUUCGGUGUGGUGGGGGUGGUGAAGUCCUUGGCUUCUAAGUGAUUACUCAGGUCACCUUUGCAGUCACCUUCCCCCCUCUUUCCCCAAUCGAUCAAAAAUAAAGCUAACAGUCCCUCAAACAGUCACAUGGAAAGCUUCCAGCUACUCUUACACCUCCUACUCACUAAUCGCUUGGGUCUGUUCACCGAGUUGAUUGCAACCAACCGCCUGGACCUCCACCACGGCAGCAGAGAAAGCCGCACAAUCUUGCACGAGGCGGUAAGAAUACAAGCAUUACCCUUUGUUGAAGUCCUCCUCGCGAAGCAAGACAUAGGCGUCAACUUCCCUGACGCCGAAAACCAAACCCCUCUCCACGUUGCGGCAGCUGUGUCGACCGACCCGGCCAUCAUCCGUUUGCUGCUCGGGGACUCGCGCGUGGACUGCAGCUGGGCGGACAGCAAGGGCCGCACAGCCCUCCAGGCAGCGGUAGCCAAUGGCAACCUCGUGAGUGUGGAAACCCUCCUUGCAGACCCGAGAUGCCAGUUCUCACAGCAGCAUCUGCUCAACGAGCCGGGGGAGGUGGACGGCAUGACGGCCCUACAUCCCGCAACGCCCAACUCCUGCCACAACAUCGUGCCCUGCCUUCUUGCGCAGCUGGAAAUCAACGACCUCCCCAUCGACCGCUCGGACCACACGCCACCGCGUCCAGCUGUAGAGGCUGGCGACCUGGCCGCCGUCCUCAUAUUACAUAAUCUGUACGUUCGCUAG